AUGUAGGGCUCGAAGCGAAUACUACGGUCUCAUGAAAUUGUGCUGCCACCAAGCGGACAUGUGGAAACUGAACUUGCACUAACUUUUUCACUACAGUAUCCUCACUUCUUGAAAAGAGAAGGCAACAAGCUUCAGAUCAUGCUGCAAAGGAGGAAGCGAUACAAAAACCGAACGAUUCUGGGCUACAAGACUUUAGCAGUGGGCUCCAUCAACAUGGCCGAGGUGAUGCAGCACCCGACUGAAGGAGGCCAGGUUCUGAGCCUUUUCAGUAACAUCAAGGAAACCACGGCCAAAGUAGCAGAGAUCUGGAUCUUCUCACUGUCUAGUCAGCCAAUAGACCAUGAAGACAGCACCAUGCAGCCUAGCCAGAAGAUCAAGUCCACAGAUAACUAUUCUGAAGAAGAGUAUGAGAGCUUCUCUUCUGAGCAGGAAGCCAGUGAUGAUGCUGUCCAUGGACAGGAUUUGGACGAUGAUGAAUAUGAGCUGGGCAAGCCAAAGAAACAGCGGAGAUCGAUACAACAAAACUUCAAGCAGAAAGUGGUGGCGUUGCUGAGAAGGUUUAAAGUAUCUGAUGAGGUUCUGGAUUCAGAGCAGGACCCAGCAGAACAUGUGCCAGAAGUGGAGGAAGACUUGGACCUUCUGUAUGAUACAUUGGAUAUAGACAACCCCAGUGACAGUGGCCCUGAAAUGGAAGAUGACGACAGUGUCCUCAGCACUCCUAAACCAAAGUUAAAACCAUAUUUUGAAGGCCUGUCACACUCCAGCUCUCAGACAGAAAUUGGUAGCAUCCACAGCAUCAGAAGCCAAAGAGAGCCAUCAAGUCCUGUAGAAGUGCCUGAAAAGACGACGAGCCUUGGAAGCAAACAUCCAGGCGACAGUAUCUCUGACACUGUGUCUUACGUAAGUUUAAAAACUCAUUUGGAGCCUAGCCAGCAAGACUCCCAGGAAGCAGAACUCUCCACACUGGAUGUGUUCAUUGAGAAGCUCCCACCAAGUGGAAAAAUCACCAAGACAGAGUCUCUCAUUAUUCCUUCCACCAGGCCAGAAGGGAAGCAAACUGGUCGCCGUGGCAGAAGUACUUCACUGAAGGAAAGGCAGCCAGCGAGGCCACAGAAUGAGAGGGCGAACAGCCUGGACAAUGAGCGCUCUCCAGACACCAGGCACCACCUGCAGAUUCCAAGGAAAACUGUAUACGAUCAGUUGAAUCACAUCCUGAUUUCUGAUGACCAGUUACCAGAAAAUAUUAUUCUUGUCAAUACUUCGGACUGGCAAGGCCAGUUUCUCUCCGAUGUCUUGCAAAAACAUACCCUCCCUGUGGUCUGUACGUGCUCUUCUGCUGAUGUGCAGGCGGCUUUCAGUACGAUUGUCUCCAGGAUACAGAGAUACUGUAACUGCAAUUCUCAGCCUCCAAACCCCAUUAAAAUUGCAGUGGCCGGAGCCCAGAAUUACCUCAGUGCUGUGUUGAGGCUCUUUGUAGAACAGCUGUCUCACAAAACCCCGGACUGGCUCAGCUACAUGAGAUUUUUGAUCAUCCCACUAGGUUCUCAUCCAGUGGCGAAGUAUCUAGGCUCUGUAGAUUACAGGUACAACAACUUCUUCCAAGACUUAGCCUGGAGAGAUUUGUUUAAUAAACUUGAAGCACAGACCACUGUUCAGGAAAUACCAGAUAUUGUCUCCAGAAUAACCCAGUAUAUAGCCGGGGCAAACUGUGCACACCAGUUGCCUAUUGCAGAAGCAAUGUUGACAUACAAACAGAAAAGCCCUGAUGAAGAAUCGUCCCAGAAGUUCAUUCCCUUUGUUGGGGUGGUAAAGGUUGGAAUAGUGGAACAGUCCUCAGCAACAUCAGGUGAUUCCGAUGACGCAGCUCCCUCUAGUUCCAGUGUCCUUUCCUCUACCCCGCCUUCUGUGUCUCCUGCUGUGAAGGAAGCUUCCCCUACCCCACCUUCCUCGCCGUCUGUCACGGGCAGCUUCUCUUCCUCCAGCCAGAGCCUUGGUGCUGAGCUGAUGGGACUGCAGGUGGAUUACUGGAUUGCAGCUCAGCCCAUGGAGAAGAAGAGAGACCCAGAGAAGAAGGACCCUUCCACUGCCAAAAACACACUCAAAUGCACUUUCCGGUCUCUCCAGGUCAGCAGGUUACCCACGAGUGGGGAGACCACCAGCACUCCAACGAUGUCAAUGACAGUUGUGACAAAGGAAAAGAACAAAAAGGUGAUGUUUUUGCCCAAGAAAACAAAAGACAAGGAGAUUGAGUCUAAGAGUCAAUGCAUUGAAGGAAUUAGUAGAUUGAUUUGCACAGCAAAACAUCAGCAGAAUAUGCUGCGGGUCCUAAUUGAUGGCGUAGAGUGGAACGAUGUGAAGUUCUUUCAGCUGGCAGCACAGUGGUCCUCCCAUGUCAAGCACUUUCCCAUCUGCAUAUUCGGACACUCCAAACCUAACUUCUAA